GCCUUCAGUCCCGCGCCUCACGCACGCACAGCAGCACGAGCGAUCACGUGGGUGACGCAGCAGCACGGAGCGGAGACGCGCGCUGGUGUGCGGAGAAUAAAGAGCAGGUGAUCAGGAUGGUGAAAGGAGACGUGAACAAACCCAAGGGGAAGACGUCUGCGUACGCGUUCUUCGUGCAGACGUCAUCGUUAGCGAAGAGUCCCGACGUUCCCAUCAACUUCUCCGAGUUCUCCAAGAAGUGCUCCGAGCGAUGGAAGGCGCUGAGCGCUUCAGAGAAGAGCAGGUUUGAAGACAUGGCCAAAGUGGAUAAAGCUCGCUACGAGAACGAGAUGAAGAGUUACGUGCCGCCCAAAGGAGCCGGGAAGACGGGCAGGAAGAAGAAAGACCCGAACGCCCCGAAACGCCCGCCCUCUGCGUUCUUCAUCUUUUGCUCGGAGUACCGGCCGACGGUGAAGAGCGAGAACCCGAGUCUGUCCAUCGGAGAGAUUGCGAAGAAGCUGGGCGAGAUGUGGUCGAAGCAGAGCGUCGCAGACCGCGCGCCGUUCGAGCAGAAAGCCGUCAAACUGCGCGAGAAAUACGAGAAGGAUGUGGCGGCGUACCGCGCAGGGGGCGGAGCCACUAACAGGGGGCCAGGCCGACCGACGGGCUCGACUAAAAAGGCCCAGGCUGACGACGACGAUGAUGAUGAUGAAGAGGACGAGGAAGAUGAGGAUGAUGAUGAUGAUGAUGAUGAGUAGAGUGUGUUUGUGUGUGAUGCAGCAUCUCUGAUGUGGGACGGUGGAGGCUAAUUUGGGGUUUUUCUUAUGUACAUGUUUAACGACUCCAGCAAUAACACAACUGUUCUGGUUUGUGUUCGUUUUUUUUUUAGAUUGCUUUUUAUUUUUGUACACGUCCAUUAACCGAUGAUCCAAUAAAGUGUAGAGGUGCUUUUUUUAUAAUAAAGUUUUAAAGGUUUUGA